CUCUUAGCUCAUUUCCUGUUCUCCGUGUAAGUGUGCAUGUUAGUGUUGUAACAGAAUCUGAUCUAUUGGUACACGCAAUCUGCGCUAGCUAGCGACUCCUCGUGGACAGUGGGUCCGCCAUGAUAUCACAGAGUGCAUGCUCCUAAGCUGCCCAGACCGCUGCGCGUGCGCGCAUGACUGACUCCGCCCCCCUGAAAGUGCUGAGUUGGCAGUAUAUUGGGGGAUUUCCAUAACACAAACGGCAGGAAUGGGUCUUUGUGUGAAAGGAAAGAAGGAUAGCAUUCCUCACCACAACUGGUUCAUCAUUUUUGGUUUACUUCAAGCACUUGCUUACGCGGUCUUUAUUAUGUUUACACCGUCAAUCUAUCAGUUUGUCACGACACAAAAUAACUCCUCCGAGGAAUUGGAGGAAAGUGGCUCCAACCCAUUUUGGCCUGGAUUGGGAGGUUCUCCGAGAGACUAUGCCUGGGUCUCGGUGUCAUUUGCACUGUUUCAAACUGCUCUCUUCCCUCUUCCAACCCUCCUGAUGGACACACUGCCAUACACUCCUCUCAUACUCUUCACGACGUUUCUCUACACCAUCAGUGGAGUGGUGUAUGGAUGGGCCACCAGAGUGUGGAUGGUGUUUAUUGCUCGUGGUCUGAUGGGUUCUGCAGCUCUUUUCGGAUCCUCUGUAAUUUACACUUACAUCGGUGAAAUUGGGACGUACAUGGAUAGGUCUCGACGGAAGAUGGGAAAGAAACCCAUGAAAGAUGUGUUGUACAUUGCAAACACACUUGCCUCAAAUGGAUGGUACUUUGGUUUACUCGGUAUUAACGCAGCGUUGGUGAGGAUUCCCUCAGUGAACCCCUACCGUCUCCCAGGAUGGUUCCUGGUAUCUCUGAGUCUGACAGUCGCAGUCCUUGUGGUCCUCUUCUUCACAGAGCCCAGACCAUGGGCCUGUAGGAAGGCCAAGCACUGUAACUUGAAAUCUAACAUGUCCUCACUCAAAUACAGGUCCAACUCCAGGAGCUACGUACUAGUAUCCUUAACUAGCAACACAUUUGCAUGCAAACACCAGUAAUUCAAUAUUGCGUGCGAGUAUUUACAAUCACGUAAAACAUAGCUGUAGUGCAGUGCCUGUCACAUUAUUAAUCAAUUAAUCAGGACUAGGUAGGCUCACAUGCAUUAUAUAUAUAAGAAGAAAACUUUGAACUUUCCUUCACUUCCUGGUAGUGUGUUUUGUUUGUAUUGUUGAAUUCUUACGUUACUGGACAGGCUCUCUCUGUGGUGUACACACUUGCCUCCCCCAUCCUCAGCGAUCAGUUUGGGUUUACUGUUGACAAUACUGCUCUCUUCUUUGUGGGGCUGGGGGUUGGGGGCUUUGCCUCUGUUAUUAUUCAGUUUUCUGCAAAAGCCCUGAGGUGCAACAACAGAGUGAUGGUGGGGCUGGUGUUUGUGGUGAUUGUGAUUGGAUGUUCAGUGAUGACUGACUGGCAAGCAAUUAAUGUGGAAGACCCCUGUAACUUUUCAUCUCUAAUGAACAAUGUAACAACCAGUGAUACUGGGGAAGCUAGCUUUAUAGACGGCAACACGAAUGAGUCGAAUGUGACUAUAUUCCAGUUGUUAGUAGAGAACUGUGAGGCUAGGAGUACCUCUGGGUACGAGUGUUUCUGGAAUCCUCAUUCUCGUGUGACUGGAGAUCAGUGUAACACUUGCUAUCAAGGUUGCCUCAGCCUCCAGACGUCUCUCACCUUCUACCAGUACACUGUCGGCGUGUUUCUAGUAUCUGUUGGAGGAACUCUGGAGUACAUCUUCAAUUUCGCACUCUUGUCAGACAUAAUUCCUCCGGAAAAUCAGGGAAGUAUCACAGCCUUCACUAUAGGAUGUGGAGCUCUGUCUAGAGCAGUGACACCAUUCUGGUAUGUUGAAAGCUAUGAGCAGACGGGCAAGCACACCUUCCUCCCACUGAUAAUCACGAUGGCAACCUUCUUGAUUGCACUUGUGGUUCUUGCAGCCCUCUAUAAAGACCUUGCUCCCAGAAACACUACGACUGAGUCUGAGCCACAGCAUGCAUCUAAUCCUUCUGCACAAGAACUACAAUCAGUAACAGAAAUUAAAAUGUAAAAUGUGCUUUUGUUCAUCCAUCUUUGGAGUUUCUUAUGGUAUAAUGAUAUGAAUUAUUUUUACAUCU